AUGUCCGCCGCAGUCUCUGCCCCGCCUAUCGUCUCCCUCCCGUGCCCCUACACGGCGGGAGGUUGCCCGCUCUUCAACACGCUCGACCUUCCCGCCGACUCGCCCCGUUGCGCAGGCUCGUGCGCCCCUUCCCCCGCACCUGCCGCACCCGCCGCGCCCUCGCCCUCCUCCGCACCCAAGUCCCCCGCCGCCGCCGCGACGCCCUCCUCAACCGACUCGCUCUUCAACGCCCUCCUCCUCUCCGAACUCUCCUCCGGUCCAGUCGACUCGCUCCCGCUCCCCUCCGCACUGCUCAAACAAGACUCGUACCCGUCUUACCUCGACUUUGGCAUCUCACCAGGCCAACUCGAGGUCCCCCCGCCUGCGACGUACUUGCCCCAGCCCGGUACGAGUUCGAGUACGGUGCAGUUGCCGCCGAGGAACGGCGCGGCGGGAGGGGAGAAGCACCAGUUGUGGGAUAUCGAGGAACUCGUCCCGCUCGACGGGCGCAAAAAGACUCGCACGACCCCGCCUCCGCCCGCUCGCUCGACUUCGGCAGCGCAGACGAUCGCCUACGCCGGACAGGCAGACUUGAGCGUCUUGCCCCCGCUCCCUCAACCGCCUCAGGCUGCCUCGCCGACGCCGAGCGACGAAGAGACCGAAGUCGUUACCCCCUUCAUCUCGAAAUUAUCAUACCUCCUCUCGCACGCCGAAUACGAGCCCUGGAUCCGCUGGGACUCGACGGGCCAAUACAUCCUCAUCGCCCACACGAAACCGCACCUCCUUUCCAUCUUGGAAAAGUUCUUUAGGCACACGGUGUCGAGUAGCUUUAUUCGGCAGCUGAAUAUCUACGGCUUCAAACGCGCCUCGACCUCCUCACUCCUCUGCCUGCUCCUCGACUCGACGCCCCUCCCCUCCCUCCCCUCCUCCUCUUCCACCUCGCCCGAAAGCGAAACCUUCUCAGCAUCCGACUACUCGGCCUUCCACAACCCCUCCUUCUUCCGCUCCGACCCUAGCCAGGGAAGGGUGUGUAGGCUAGGACGGUUGAAGCCGAUUACGAAGGAGAGGGGGCCGAGGAAUAGGAGUAAAAAGGCAGCGGCGGGACAGGGAGGGGGGAGGAAGGGGAAGAAGGCUGUUGGGCAGGGAGGGUCGGAUGGGAGCGAGUCGCCUUGA